AUGCAGAAAGUCAUCACAUGCGACCGUAUCACAUGCAUAGAGCGCCCGGUUAUGGAGGGCCUCACAGUCGGCUCGACGACGACGACGACGACGACGACGACGACAACCACAGCCACCACGCCGACAGCCGCCCAUCGAUACAGCAAGGAUCAAGUCAGGCUCAGUGUGGACCGCCUCAAGAGUGACCUCAAUUACCAGGUACAAGCUCGCAUACAGCCAGUCAGCCUGUCUAAGUUGAGCCCAGAAGAGCUUAAGAGCAAGUUCAGUAAGGAACCGUUCAAACUCAAACUUCUCCUUGUCAGCACCAUCCUCAUGCUAGCCAGGAUAGACAUGAGUCCAGAAGAGGAAGCCUUUGCUCGUACCCAGGAUACAAGAGUGCAGCGGUUGCACGACAUGUACAUGGCUCGUGGCGCAAGGACUGAUGAGCAGAACAAAUACUUCAAGGACGUCGUCCGUGAUGGUCUAUUUGACGGCUGGCUGAACUUCAUCUGUGCUGUCAUCCGAGUUCUGGAAUAG